CCGCCACCAUGGGGCUCUUGCCCAAGCCCGGCGCGCGCCAGGGCAGCGACGCCUCCUCGGGCCGAGCCCGCCGCUGUCCCCGCUCAAUUUUCAGCAACAUUAAGGUGUUCGUGCUCUGCCACGGCCUCCUGCAGCUCUGCCAGCUCCUGUACAGCGCCUACUUCAAGAGCAGCCUCACCACCAUCGAGAAGCGCUUUGGCCUCUCCAGUUCUUCUUCGGGUCUCAUUUCCAGCUUGAAUGAGAUCAGCAACGCCAUCCUUAUCAUCUUCGUCAGCUACUUUGGCAGCCGGGUGCACCGUCCGCGGCUGAUUGGCAUUGGGGGUCUCCUCCUAGCCUCAGGUGCCUUCGUCCUCACCCUCCCACACUUCCUCUCAGAGCCCUACCAAUACACCUUGGCCAGCGUUGGGAACAGCAGCCACUUCCAAGCUGAGCUCUGUCAGAAGCACCGGCAGGACCUGUCCACCAGUAAGUGCCUCAGCACCACCCAGGACCCCCGGAAGGAGACCAGCAGCAUGUGGGGGCUCAUGGUGGUCGCCCAGCUGCUGGCAGGCAUCGGGACAGUGCCCAUUCAGCCGUUCGGGAUCUCCUAUGUGGAUGACUUCUCAGAGCCCAACAACUCGCCCCUGUACAUCUCCAUCUUAUUUGCCAUCUCUGUGUUUGGACCGGCUUUCGGGUACCUGCUGGGCUCUGUCAUGCUGCGGAUCUUUGUGGACUAUGGCAGGGUGGACACAGUUAACUUGAGCCCCGGAGACCCCCGAUGGAUUGGAGCCUGGUGGCUGGGCCUGCUCAUUUCCUCAGGCUUCUUGGUUCUCAUGUCUUUCCCUUUUUUUUUCUUUCCUCGAUCAAUGCCCAGAGGAGUGAAGAGGUCUCCUGCUGUAGUGGAUGGGGCAAGGAAGAUGGAAGAGGUCCAGCCAAGAGCCUCCCUGAUGGAUUUCAUUAAACGGUUUCCCCGCAUCUUCCUGAAGCUCCUGAUGAACCCACUCUUCAUGCUCACGGUCCUGGCCCAGUGCACCUUCUCCUCCGUCAUCGCCGGCCUCUCCACCUUCCUCAACAAGUUCCUGGAGAAGCAGUAUGGCGCCUCCGCGGCCUAUGCCAACUUCCUCAUCGGUGCCGUGAAUCUUCCAGCUGCAGCCCUGGGGAUGCUGUUUGGAGGAAUCCUCAUGAAGCGUUUCGUUUUCUCUCUGCAAACCAUUCCCCGUGUGGCUGCCACCAUCAUCACCAUCUCCAUGAUCCUCUGUGCCCCUCUCUUCUUCAUGGGAUGCUCCACCCCGGAUGUAGCAGAGGUCUACCCCACCAGCACAUCAAGUUCUAUACAUCCGCAGCCCCCCUGCCGCAGGGACUGCUUGUGCCCAGACUCCAUCUUCAACCCAGUCUGUGGGGACAAUGGAGUGGAGUACCUCUCCCCGUGCCAUGCCGGCUGCAGCAACAUCAACACCAGCUCCAAGCAACUGACCUAUUUCAACUGCAGCUGCGUAAUCGUGACCGGGAGAUCCGCUUCAGCAAAGACGGGAUCGUGCCCCAUCCCCUGUGCCCACUACCUGCUCCCAGCCAUCUUCCUCAUCUCCUUCGUGGCCCUCAUAGCCUGCAUCUCCCACAAUCCCCUCUACAUGAUGGUCCUGCGUGUGGUGAACCAGGAUGAAAAGUCGUUUGCCAUCGGGGUACAGUUCUUGCUGAUGCGCCUGUUGGCCUGGCUGCCGUCUCCAGCCCUCUACGGCCUCGCCAUCGACUCCUCGUGCAUCCGGUGGAGCCUGCAGUGCUCAGGCAGGCGAGGGGCCUGCGCCUACUACGACAACGAUGCUCUCAGAGACAGGUACCUGGGCCUGCAGGUGGGCUACAAGGCGCUGGGCACGCUGCUGCUCUUCUUCAUCAGCUGGCGGGUGAAGAAGAACAAGGAGUACAAUGUGCAGGAGAAGGCUGCAAGCCUCAUCUGACCCUUGACCCUCGGCCAGACUGCAGGCCUGCUCCAGAGAGUGGACCCUGUCCCUCCACUCCUGCCUGUAUUUACUAAUGUUAACUCGUCAUUUCCUUUUUGUUUUUUUAAAUAAGAAAGAAAACCUCAGCCACCAUUUGCCUUC